UAUCUCAAUUCGAUCGAAGACGGCAAGAAAUUAGACGAAGUUGUUCCCCACCACCAUAUUAUGAGGAAGCAAUAUCAUCACUAAGUCGAGAGUCAUUAUUCUCUAGUCAAAAAAGUCAAUCCACUUCUCCUGUAAGGUUAUCUUUUUGUAAAGAAGACAAUAAUGAGCAUUCCGUUGUUCUUUGGCAUAGGGAGAAUAGGAAUGGUAGAGGCUAA